AUGACAGGGUCUGGUGGAAGAGCUUAUCUCUUCAGCCACCGUCGGGUAUAUGAGCGUUAUGGGAACCGCUGUAAGCCACCGGUCUUACACCCUUCCACCCCCCGAAAAACUCCCCCUCCCGGCCUCGUCCCAAUCCGUCAAUCCCGGGAGGUAAAUCGUCAGACAGUCAUCGUCAUCGUCAAGGGGAGCCGUGAGGUGGAGGGCCAUACAUGGCCACCUGAAAGCCACCGUCGGGUAUAUGAGCGUUAUGGGAACCGCUCGACGAUGUUGAACGACAUUGCCCCUCUGGUCGAUGUUCUGGGCAAGAGGCACCUCGCAUCAGGCUCCACUCCUAUCUCGCCCGUAGCCAAAUGUUCCAUCCUCGAAAAGCGCGGGUUCUCCACCAACCGGUUAACAACUUCCCGUUCCCUCACUGCACCUGAAUGCGCACUGCCCGCUGAAUUGAACGAUGAACGUCAGUCCUGA